GUCCUCCAACGCCUUCUCCACUUUGUCCUCAAAUUCUUACCCCCAAGAUGCCCCCCGCUCCCACUCCCGCCGUCGGCCCCUCCAAAACCACCGCAGCCGCCCCCUCUCCCCGCAGUUUGAAUCCCUGUCGAACCCUCAACCCUAAAGUCGAACCCAAAAAUCCCGUUAAUCACAGUAGAGCCGAUGACGGGCACACAUCCUCUCUCGAUUCCGGCAUGCCCGCCGCGAUUUCCGCGCAGAUCAGUACAUCGUCACGAUGCGCCGUCUCCUCUCCUACUACCUCACCGAUUCCAAUCGACGGAUUCGAGGAAGAUGCGCUUCUGGCUCGAUCCAAAUUCUUGCACCGGGUUGAGGUUUUGCGGCGGCGAUCUCGUCGGGUGAAGCAGCUGUCCCGGAUAUAUCGGGACCAUUACUGGGCUUUGAUGGAGGAAUUGAAGCUCAAGUACCGCGAGUACUAUUGGGAGUAUGGGAAAAGCCCUUUCCAGGAAGACAACGAAGAGAAUAACAUCUCCGUCCCCAACGGGGUAGAUUCCGCUUUGGGAACUGGGGAAAACCCUAACCGAAACAAUCUGGUUGGGAACAAUUUCAAUAAUAGGUGUGGAGUAAGCACUUGCAAGGCGAAGGCCAUGGCCAUGACGAGGUUCUGUCAUUCUCACAUCCUAUCAGACCCCAAGCAGAAGCUCUACAAGGCGUGCAAUUUCACGAUUAAAAGUUCUCCAACACAGAUACACUGCAGGAAGCCAGUUUUGAGAUCUGUGGUUCCAUCUCUCUGCUCUCCCCACAUGGAGAAGGCUGACAAAUACGCAACACGGGCUCUGAAGAGGGAGGGGCUAAAUAUACCUUCAGCCAUUAAGGUUGCUCCAAAAUUACAGGUCAUAAUCGUGGAGUUUUUGAGUCAAAUUCAGAACAGACGGAGGUCAUUGAAGGCUGCUUUAGACAACUCCGAAACGAAAUGAUAUUUGAUCUUGAUGGCCUCCAUUCCCUUUCACUAGUUUUAACUGUAUAUUUUGACAUAUUGGGUAGUGUGCAUUGUAGUUGAUUCUG